CUUAUUGUUCCUUCCUUCUCUGCUGCUCGAGUGAUGUCCCGAUUCGGAACAAGCUUUUUAAAUCAAACACCAGUGGCAGCACUGUUUAUUGGCGUUUCGUAGUCGUCUGCUACACUGUUUUGUAAACUGUCUAUGGCGGUUAAAGUUGUUACCGUAUUUAAAGGGAGGCAUAAAUGAGCGAUCCUGGCCCCUUGUUUUUCCUAAAUGUCUAUCAACGAUCCUCUUCUGAAAGAAUUGAAAAGUUUUGCGAGCUGUUUACUGAGAAACGGUGGGAAAUGUGUAACGGAUAACAAUGAAACGCUGUACCCAUUUUGUAUGUGUGUGGAAACGGUGCUUCAGAGAGGAUUGUCAUAUAUCCAUGGUCCAUUUGGAUUGAUAAAAACACCACAGAGCUGGACAUGGCUGGAGCAGAUAGCACAGCGAUACCCAGGUGCUCCCUACUCUUAUGUGUCAUCAGUAAAUGAAGUAAGAAACUCAAAGAAAGUAACAACUCCAGUUGGUAAGCUGAGACUUCUGAUCCGUGUAUGCCUAGUCAGGAAGUGCCUACAUGUUCCUGUUGAACUUAUUGUUCGUCAUCAUGCAGCAGCAGGUGUGUACACCACUGGCUCAAUUUUAAGUGAUGAGAUUCGAGGAGAAAUCCUUCUAUCAACAUUGAUGCCAUGCAGUCUCCUUAAUUUUAACCUUGAUCUUGACAAUAGUUCCUUUCUUGAUCACACAUGGGUGCUGCCAUCCUGUAUAACCACAGAGUUUGUGCCAUGCAAAGCACUUGGGCUUACUUUAAACUUUGUUGAUGGAAGAGCACUUAUUAUGCAUGUAAAGGAAGGCAGUGUCUCAGCAGAAAAUGGCUUGAUCAAGACUGGAGACAUUUUGGAUGAGUUAAAUGGAGUGCAUGUCACAAACUCGACAAGGAAAAAACUUGCUAGUAUAAUGAGAAAGAGCACAGCUAAACCAAUCACUGUCAGAAUUAUCAAAGCUUUCCUACAUGAACCUGACAUAAUAUAUCCUCCAAUUCUCACCAUGCUACUUCAGGCCCAUCUUGAUCCAAAUGAGUUGGUACGGCUGCAUAAGGAAAAUGCAUUAGGUCAGUCCUUGACAAAACAAGUUUCGCAAGAUGCUCCAAGCCCUGGGAUCCCUGUAAUGUACGUGGGUGCUAUUGAAACAGGGAGCAAAGGCGAUGUAAAGCAGAUAAUGCCAGCAAUUGCUCGCAUCUUGAAAGAAAGAGACUGUAAAAAGAAACUUGUGGUUAUUGAAAUACUAGAAAUUGGCAUUAGAGUUCUUGAUGAAGCUUCUGGAAUUGUGCUUCAAAAUCCAUCAUAUAUGGAAAUUUCAUCAUGUGGCCUAACAAUUCAUUUUCCCAAUUAUUUUGCUUACAUUUCUGGGGAAAAAUCUUGCAGUACUGCAAAAUCAUUCACGUGCCACAUAUUUUACAGUACUAAUGAAGAACAAGUACAGACUAUCUUAAGAUGUAUUGGUCAAGGGUUUCAAAGGACACAUUUUGCUGUGUGAAAUCAGAUAAGUCUAUCAAGAAACUGUAUAUAUUCCGCUUCAUAGAUGAUGAUUAUGUGGUGCACAGCAGCGCUUAGUGAUCAGUGAGGAGAAUUUCUUGACUCUCUUGUUUUAUAAUUGUAAUUUGUCAAUUAUUCAGCUUCAGAAAAAUAGUGCUGAGUGUUGAGAGAUCUGUGUUAGUUCACUAAACAUAUCAUUUCUAUAUCAUAACAUGUAAGUAAGAUUUAAUACAAUUUUAGUGUCAGUUUAGUUUCAGUGAAUAAUGACAGUUGGUAUGUUACCAUAGCUUUUACAUGAAUCAGUCAAAAAUUAAAAUUUCAACUCACAUGUUUCAAUAGCAUUUAAUUUUCACUGCCAUAAAGCAUAUUAGUUUCAGUUAAAUAAGAAAAUUUUAGUACCUGUGAAUAAGGGUGUUCUUAUCUCGUCCCUUGUAUAUUUUUUUCAGUGUCCCAUAGCCCUGUAACAGUAUUUUUAUGGAGUAAAAGUAUUCUUCAAACUGUUGCUGUUAUGUAUUAAUAUUUGCUUAUUUUGUAUCAAUUUUAAUGAUUGUAAAAUUAAUGCUGUAUAUUGUCAACAUAUGAGUGUGUGUAAUGAUGUGUGUAUAGCAAGUAUUAUGUUGUUGCACUGUUUCAAAAAUGGCAUUAGCAGAUUAUUAGA